AUGGUCCCAUGUGUCACUAAAUAUGCAAUUGAAAAGCAAUUUCAGGAAGUGUACACAAUAUCAAAAUUUAGGGAAUUUCAAGAGGAAUUUACUGGGAAGGUUUACUGUGAAGUUGUAUCUUCUGAUAUGGGUUGUCCAGUGCCAAGCUGUCAUCUAUUCGAGUUCAGGGGAAUAGUGUGCAGGCAUGCGAUAUCAGUUUUGCUCCAUAAUGAUGUCACAGUAGUUCCCGAGAGGCAUAUUCUCAAGAGGUGGAGGCGAGAUGUAAGUAGACGACACACGAGAGUAGCAGUUAAUUACGAUGGUUGGAUAAACACUCCAACUCAAAUAAGAUUUGACAAAAUGUGCAAUGCCUUUACUAAUGUAGCGGACUUGGCAGCUGAUGAUGAAAACCAAGUUUGUGGGAUCAUGGAGUGGAUUGAAUCUAAAACAGCUCAACUUUCCAUGUCUCAACCCAUACAUGGCAGUGAAAGUAAUUUGCAUUCCCAAGUAAAUGUACAAGUGGCCCUUAAUUCUCUAUCAACAGAACUUGUUGGAAGUGCAAACACGUUGGAUCCAAUAUGCUCGAGAACUAGAGGAGCUCCGAAGAAACUGCGGAAAAAAGGUCAAUUGGAGAAGAGUUAUAAGAAAUCCAAGGUAACGUGGUACAAUAUUUUAAUCAAUAUUUGCAAUGAGGGCCAGGAGCGUGAGAUUUCAGUCACAUUGAAGACUUCAUAA